GCCAAAUUACUAAGUAGGUGUGUAUAGUAGUAUUUAGAUAUCACUACUAUAUACUAGUAGUGUUGGUAACUUGAACCAGCAUGAUGAUGCUAGGAAACAGAAACAUAUAUGAUAGUAAGCCAUCACUACCCGCUUGCUCUUUGAUAGUGCUGCUCAUGACCCUUUUCUCGUCUUCAUACAUUCUAGUAGUAGUUAUACUACUACUAGUUCUAACUGUUAUGACGGUUCAUGUUACUACUGAUACUACUAGUAGAGUACGAGUAGUACUACUAUGACAAUAUAUAUUACUACUUCCCAAGUCAACGAGACUGGCAGCGUUGUCUCGGUACUUACUAGUAACGGUACUAGUAUGUAUGGCCAGCGUUACGGUAUGUCUCCAGUUCCUCUGAAUUGCUCUCAUCGUGGCCAGUUGCAACCAACUCACAUGGACACA